UCAACUUCUUUCCUCUCCCCUUCCAUAUCUGGCUUUACUAACUCGUUGAUUCUUUUGUCCUUUCAUAUGACAGGACAUGUUUGUAGGUGGAACAGAUACUAGUUCAGCAACCAUGGAGUGGGCAAUGACCGAGCUGAUGAAAAAUCCAACUAAAAUAAGAAAAGCUCAAGAAGAGGUAAGACGAGUGGUCGGGAAUAAAUAUGAGAUAGAUCAAGAAGAUAUUGAUCAAAUGGACUACUUAAAAUGUGUUGUCAAAGAGACUCUUAGACUACAUCCUCCAGUUCCAUUUUUGGUCCCUAGAGAAUUGAAUAAGAGCGCUAGGUUGGGAAGUUAUGAUAUUGCUCCCAAAACAAGAGUGUUCAUCAAUGCAUGGGCAGUUCAAAGGGAUCCUAAAUUAUGGGGCAUGCCAGAAGAAUUCCUUCCAGAGAGAUUUGUUGACAGUCCGAUCGAUUUUAAAGGGAAUGACUUCCAAUUCAUCCCGUUUGGUGCUGGGCGAAGGAGCUGCCCUGGCAUGUUAUUUGGUGUCAUUCAAGUUGAAUAUGCACUUGCCAACCUCUUGUACUGGUUUGACUGGAAGCUUGUGGGUGGUGCUGGUGGGAACGACCUAGACAUGAGUGAGGCUUAUGGAUUAGUCAUGCACAAGAAAAUUCGUCUUCAACUUGUUCCGGUUACGCACUCUCCUGCAUUUCUGAAGUGACCUAUAGCUUCU